GCGUUAGCGCCGCUUAGCAGCUAGCAUCCAGACAUGGCCGCAGACAAGCAGAACGAAGGGAAAGUUUCCCUCACGGAUGAGAACAAAAACAAGUCGUCAGACGGAGGACUCGGACUGGAGAUCCUGCAAAUCAUCAAGGAGUCCCAGCAGCAGCAUGGCCUCAGACACGGGGACUACCAGAGAUACAGGGGCUACUGCUCUCGCAGGCUGCGUCGCCUGCGCAAGGCUCUUGGCUUCAAGAUGGGAAAUAGACACAAGUUCAUUGGGAAGAAAAUAACUGUCGAAAUGCUGUCGGACAGCAGGUACCUAUUGCUGGUUUUGAUGGAGGCAGAACGGGCAUGGAGCUACGCCAUGCAGCUGAAGCAGGAGGCCAAUACAGAACCACGUAAACGCUUCCACCUGCUGGCACGUCUACGAAAGGCUGCCAAGCACAGUGAGAAGCUGGAGAAGCUCUGUGAAAGCCCCCGCGUCGAUGCCAAGACCAAACUGGAGGCUCAGGCCUACACUGCUUACCUGGGUGGCAUGGUGGAGUUUGAAUUGCAGGAAUGGAAGCUUGCCAUGGAGGCUUUCAACAAGUGCAAAACAAUCUAUGAGAAACUAGCCAGUGCUUUCACAGAGGAGCUGGCAGUUCUGUACCGCCAGCGCGUGGACGAGAUCUCGCCCAACAUCCGCUACUGUGCUUACAACAUCGGUGAUCAGAACGCCAUCAAUGACUUGAUGCAGAUGAGACUGACUGGUGGAGGAGGAGGCAUGAUGGCUGAGAAACUGGAGUCCCUGAUCACUCAGGCAAGAACCAAGCAAGCAGCCACCAUGGGUGAAGUGGAGUGGCGAGGUCGGGUGGUGCCCGUCAAGAUCGACAAGGCCCGCAUCUUCCUGUUGGGUCUGGCAGACAACGAGUCAGCCAUUGCUCAGACAGCUAAUGAGGAGACCAAAGAGCAUCUCUAUGAGACCCUGCUGUCCGAGUGCAGAGACACCAUCCAGGCUGUGAGAGAGGAACUCAAGAGUGAGGCGAAGCAGCGUGAGAGAGGCAUUGAUGGCGACAGUGGUAAAGUGUCACACCUGCAGAUCCUGCACAGUUACCUGACCUACAUCAAGCUGUGCACUCUGGUGAAGAGGAAUGAGAGCAUGGCCCACACUCUUCAGGCUAAACUGAAGGAGCCUGAGACUGAUGAGAGCAAGAGGGGCCCCCGUCCUCAGGACCUGAUCCGCCUCUAUGACAUCAUCCUGCAGAGUCUGGCUGAGCUCUCCACCCUGCAGGGUCUGGAGGACGACCACACCUUCCAGAAGGAGGUGUCCCUUAAGACAUUAGUCUACAAAGCUUAUAGGUGUUUCUUCAUAGCCCAGUCUUAUGUGCUGGUGAAGAAGUGGAGUGAGGCGCUGGUGCUGUAUGAGCGGGUGCUGAAAUACGCCAAGGAGGUCCAGUCUAAAGCCAAGAACCUCAACAACAGCCUCAAAGACCUCCCUGAUGUUCAGGAGCUGAUUGCUGAGGUCAAUGCUGAGAAAUACUCGCUUCAAGCUGCUGCCAUUUUAGACACAGAUGAGACUGCUGAAGUUCCUUCUCAGCUGCAGGUGAAAGACAACAGGCCCCUCUGCGAGCGCCUGGAGACCUUCCGCAUUGACACCGCCCUCGUCGGAAAACAUCCCAAUCUGGUCCAGUUCCCCCCCGACUUCCAGCCAAUCCCCUGCAAGCCCCUGUUCUUUGACCUUGCUCUCAACCAUGUGGCCUUCCCACCGCUGGAUGACAAGGUGGAGCAGAAGGGCAAGGGCGGUCUGACCGGCUACAUCAAGGGCAUCUUUGGCUUUGGCAGCUAAAUCAAACCAACCAGGCUUCGGCCUCCACAUGAGAACCACAAGGCCCAGAGUUUACCACAAACCAGACCUGGGUCAGUUGAUGAUGAGAAUAAUUUCUGUAACUUUUAUUGUUUUGAUUUGUGGUGCUUAAGUGCAAGAUAUGUGGAGUUGGCGCCUCUGAGGAAAGCACAGUGGGUCUUAUCUUCGAAGAAACAUGAUGGAAAAGUAAUUUAAUCCGUUUCAAAUGGUAAUAUAAAUAUGACCCAAGUCCACCUGUUGCCUCUAUUGAUACCAGGCUGCAUGGGCUUCCAUUAACUUGAGGCGUCAUGAUGCCAACAGCGAUGUUGUUAAUCUCUAAAUCUUGAGUAAACUACAGUACUUUGGCAUCACUGGUAAAAAAAAUCAUUCUGUGUUACAUAAGCGCCUUUAUUUAAUUGUCUUAAUUUUUUUUCUUUCUAUGCGUUUCAGCAUUGUUUCUUACAUCUCAAAUGUGCAAAGAGAUAAUCUGUGACCUGUAGUUUGAAAAACUGAAAAGUUGGGUAGUUCAGCUGUGUCCCAUCUUUUUUUUCCACCUUUCCAUUGUCCCUCCCCUUACCCCUCCCAUCAGUCCUCUCAUCAAGGCUACGCUCACUGCCUGACAACUGCAGAAGCUAACUUUUCCGCUACUCCCUUGCUAACUUCUGGCCAUCAUCUCAGCUUCAGGGGUGUAUGUCACCCCAGACUUGCAAUGUGAGAGCAAUGGCAGGUUGAUUACUGACAGACAGGUACGCCAGCCAAUCAUUUCCUUCAGUCCAAAUGAAUUAAUUGGUCGUGCCUAUUACAGUCCUGCGAGGUCAAUACAGUGUUUUAGAGACAAAUGACCAACUGGACCUUUUACCACGUUACCUAUGACACUACAGGCCAGUACUUCAACAUGAAAACUACAUCAAGCUGCUGAAAAGCACAGGAAGUAAAAUAUCUUGACAUGUCUGUUGUCCUGUUCUUUGUAAUCAGCUGCUGAACCAUAUAAGUCGUUUGCAGUUAUGUUACCCCUUUAAACAGAGGACUGAAAUAUGAAAAGAGGUGUGGAAAGAACUGGGAUACAGCUUGAGUUUAGUUUUAGUUGCAUCAACAGGAAGAUGGAGGACGAAGCCAUGAAUCAAAGAGUGAAAUGGUUGUUUUCAAAAAGUAGCUUAGUGAUUCAUUGUUUUAAUUUAUUAAUGUCCGAAGCAGCAUGCUAUGUUUAUGUUGCACUGUGUGACAUGUGGUAUUGAACGUACCACAAUGUCAGACAAGGGUCCAACAGCUCCAGCUCGCGUCCACGCAGAACUCUCAUUUUUAUUACCCCUCUCAAAUGUUUUAGCUACAUUAUUUUCCCCUAAAAAACAGUGUCGUGAUGACGACCAUGAUGUUCCCAUGCUGAGUGAAGUUCAAAUGAUUGUACGCUAUACUUGUUUUUAUUUGAUAUUUUUUAUUUACAUAGUAGUACAACAGAAAUGGAUGGUCAGGAUACGGGGAGUUUUUAGCAGCUCACCACCUCUUUGUCCGUCAUCAGUAGGACUAAACCAUUGAAGCACCAGUUACAUGUCUAUACUAUAGUGGCAGAAAAUGUUUUGUCAUCGGCUGUUUCUCAGUCAUGAUGUGGGAUCACAUCAUCUCCGUACACCAAAGCCCCUCAAUUCCUCUGAUCCUUAGGGGACCUGCUUUUCUGUAGCUAGAGGAUCGUUUCACUCACUCAUAUGGUAAUUGAUUUGCUUUCAAAUUUUUAUCAAUGUGUUGUUUCUUUUUCUCUCCUCCCCCUCUGUGUUUUUUGUUAAUGAAUUUAGACCUUGAACAGCCUGGAAAAAUAUUAGGUGAUCAAUAAUUAAAAUAAUGAGAAUGUAUGAUCUGAAUCUCCAGUUCUAUCAAUAAAUAUAUUUGCACCAAACACAA